CAUUUCACUCUUUUGACUGUCAUCAUCAUUUUGAAAGAGAAGAAAAAACAGCAAUUCAAAGCUCUCCUCUGUGUUUUCUCAUUCACUGUUUAUUGAAGAAAUGGCUUCUUCUUCCUCAAUGAGCAUGAGAUGUUUUCACUGCAAAGCUUCAUCUGCUACGUUCAUCCCCGGUUGGCGACUUCGUAAUGGCGGUUUUGCUCUGCUCUGCCAGCGCUGUGGUUACGCUUUUAAUGAAGGAACAUUGUGUGAAACUUUUCAUCCUGAAGAGUCUGGCUGGAGAGAGUGCGCUUCUUGUAAGAAGAAAAUUCAUUGUGGAUGUAUUAUGGCAGCCCAUACAUAUACAAUAUUGGACUCUACCGGUGUGCAAUGUAUGGAGUGUGCCAUAAACGAAGCUAUGGCACCGCACCGAUGCUCUCUAGACUUUGGACUCCCUGAGGCUUUGCUGCAAGCAACGGACUCUCCUCAAAUACCAUCUGCUGACCCAGAGAAAAUGAUAACUGGGGUUGAUCCAAUUUCACCACCUGAUUGUGUUAUACGCAACGCCUCACCUAAUAAGGUAGCCACUCCAACUACUCCUGGACAUCAAGCCCAAUCUCCUCCAGCAGAAACUGAAGAAGAAGACUCUGUGAAUUCACCUGAUGAAACCAAAAACUCUCGUCGGAAGAAUGGUGGCAAGCGUCGUAAAGAUGGCAAUAAACAGACUCAAAUACAAUAUAGGUACUCACCCAAGAUAAGCUCAGAGGAGCUAAGGGAAAUAUGCAGACAGUCAAAAUCAAGCCUUGUUCCUUUGUUUGAGAAAGAAUUGACUUUUAGCGAUGCUGAAUUCAGGAAUGGGCGCUUACUGUUACCAAAGAGAUGCGCAGAAGCUUAUUUCCCAAAGACUUCGGGGCAACAAGGAAUCUUCCUCACGGUGCAAGACACAAAUGGAAAUGCCUGGGAACUUCACUUCCAUUACUGGACAAAUAGUUGUGGGAAGAUGUAUGUUCUUGAAGGGCUUAGAGAUUACAAGAUCCAGAUGCAAUGGGAAGCGGGUGAUACAAUUACAUUUUAUAAAAGAGAAGCGGAUGGACAAUUGGUCAUGGGAUUCAAAAAGAAUAAGGCUCCCGUUGUUGUUGUGAAGAGCUCAACUGAUGCUUGAAAACGAGUUUAGCGUUCAGAGACCAGUGUGAACAUUUUGCUUCUCAUCGAAGGUGUUGGAUGUUCCUUUUAUACUUGCUGUUAUCUGUCAGCAAACUUCAAAGAAGUUUGUUCUUUUGUGGAUGGAAAACUUCUAAUCAUCUUUUUUAUGUUGUCGGUUAAACCCUCACACCGACUGUUGUGAUAAACUUGCUAUGCUACUUUGCAGUACCCUAGGACUGCCGUUUACAAACAAUUUUUCUAUAAGUUAGAAAAUCAAACCAUACUAAUUAUGUUAAUCUGUCCCUAAAUCAUAAUAAUCUGUCAUGAACUUGAAAUGCAUGCGACUAAACCCUAUUAAGUAUUAACAGGUGCAAUGGUCGAUGCUCUUAAUUUUAUUGUGAAAUUGCUCUUUGAAAGUUUUUUGUGCAUUGUAGUUCUUUUAUAUUGGAAAGACGAAUUUGGUGUUUAAACCUUAGGAGUAAUUAACAAAUAAAGGAGCAAUUUGCUGAUAGGUAAAUAUUACUGAUAGCACUAUGAAGAAUAUUUCUUCUUGUUUUAUGAUGUUCAUGGGGAAAACGGAGUAGAUCCUUCAUUUCUUAGUCUUGAGAACUUUUAGAAAAAAAAGAAAAAAAAUCAGUACCGAGUCCUACGGUAUAUGUAUUCGAACAACAUGCUCUUGAAGUGAGAUGAUUGCUGUUUGGGAAUGAAAUGAAAGCUGAUGCUUAAUCUUGGUCUAGCACAAAAUCUAAAAUCUUUAGCACCAUC